AUGAACAAGCCAGUCCUACCACCAACAACAACACUCAAUCUAUCGAUGCUCCCCCCAGAAAUCAUCUUCUGUGUAAUGGGAAUGCUCGGACCUCGGGAGAUCCUGACUCUGGCUCUUGUCAAUUCCAGGAUCCGGCUCCUCUCAGCAGUACAGCUCUCUUACGCCUACGACAUGAGGAUACGCUCAAAACACAAUCAUGUUGUCGACAUCAACAGCGGCAGCAAAGGAUUGCCACUUCCUCGACCAAUGUCAGAGUACGAGCUCUAUGUGAGACUGGUCCUCUCUGAACUCUACUCGCAGGAAUCAAAGGACCUCGAGUCAACCUCCGGCAGGGACGAGGUCAAGCUUGCACUGACCUGCUGCAAAAGAAUCCUUCGGCGACUCUACCUCAUCGACAAGCACGAAAACUUUUCUCCCUGCCCCUAUGGAUACAUCGCUAAUCAUAAAUCGCAUCCAAUGAACGGUCUCGACUCGCCACCGACUUUGCCCAAACCAACUCCAUUCAUUUCGUCGACGGUGAACCUUCACAUCGUCACCAGAGUUCUUGCGGACCAGGUCUGCCGAGGCAUCUGUUUACCAGAGACAGCGGUUCUUGUGUUGCAAUCGCUCACCAGCCUCUGGGAUCAAGACCAGUUCCAAUACCUUAUCAACUCUCCCGAGAAGCAUGCCCCCAUAAGAGCGCCACCGAUCGCGAACCGACUGUCGAUAGGCCAGCUGUGCUUCCAGUACUUGAUCCCCAACGUCCUCGGAUUGCUCAAACCCGUGCUCCAGUUAUCGCCGUCAUCCUGUAGAUCCUUGGAAGGGAGGCAACAUGGAGAACAAUUAUCAAAGGUUCAACCGCUACACCCACCACAACAGCAGAUCCAUGAUCAGAUUAUACCACCACCUCAUCCGACGACACCACAAGACAGCAGCUCCAGCAACAGCAUUCAAUCCUAUUUCGAGAGGACAAAGUCUCUCACCAGCGGCGUGCUACCAUCCCAGCAAGAGUUGCUGCAGCCACCCAGGAUUCGCUCAAUCGCCCAAUUGACUCGAGUGCUCGUGUUCCUACCUCUCCUUGGGCGCCACUUCAAUACGCUGCCCACAAGCACCUUUAUCGAGACGUUUCUGGACCGGUCCAAAGGCGAUCUCCCGAUUGACCGAGCUGCGGUGAUGGUGUACGGAUUUAUGUGUGUUCUGGACCUGGAGGCAGGCAAGAUCAACCUUGCCUCGGACAGCUACAAGAUCUUUGAGCGAUCAAUGCCGACACAGGGCGUGGUCCAGGCGCAGGAGAUGGUCCGCAUUGUGAGUCGAUAUCAACCCAUGCGAGAGGAGGCCCAAGGGACACAGAGACGUGCAUCCCUGCUCCCAUCUAGUCAACAGGGCUCUCAACCAUACCCCCCUCUGGCACUCACCGACAGCAACCACCACAACGAUGGCUCACUCUACACUGGUCGUGAAGCUUCCUCCUUUUCUCAAGCUCCGACCAUCCGUCCACUUUCGUCCAGGUUUCAGCUGCACCAAGUCGACAACGACGACAUCAGCAACAGCAACAUCAGCAACAACAACCUCGACGACGAUGACAACAACGAGGACGAGGACGACUAUGGGGACGAGGAUGGGGAUGAUACCACUAGUGUAAUGCAACCAAUCCUUCAGACAAAGACCGCAGGUCGACCUCGUCCUGUCAAGAGAUCCUCGACUAAGGGCCGGGGACCAGAUCGAUGCGUGCAGCACGUCUAUCUCGAGGAGGAGGAUAUCGAGCUGAUAUUCACAGGAUACAGGUUCCUCCAGACUCGACUCUACAUCCACUACCUCGCCUGUGUCCUAAGUGCAGGAAUCCUCUUCUUGCUUGGACGAUGGAUGCCGCAGCGAUACUUGGCCUUUGUAGCCGAAAAGUGCGAAAUGAGCCAGGCCGAAUCCGUUGUUGUCGAGGAUGCUUAUGGUCAAUUGGUCACGGAGGUUGUCUUUACGAAGUACUAUGGAGGACCUAUCAACUCGGUCUUCAGUCCCGAACAGAUGGAGAAGCAGGAAGACGACGAAGAUUUCGACGAAGCCUUGUCUUCGGGAAUGCUGCACGAUAUGAGAUACUUCGACUACCAGUACAUCCGAUUCAUCUACAACCCAGUGACGUAUAGCUUUAUGCAGAACUCGAAGUGGAAGGAUCCCGAGUGGUUGAGCGUCGUCAACUGUGAUCGCGGAAUUGGGCGUGAGACUCAGCAGGAGCGCACGAUGGUUUUUGGUCAGAACGUGAUCGAUGUCAAGGAAAAGACAGUGGGACAGCUGCUGGUCGGAGAGGUCCUUCAUCCGUUCUACAUCUUCCAGGUGUUCUCGAUGGCUCUUUGGUUGGCGGACGACUACAUCUACUACGCCGGCUGCAUCUUUGUCAUAUCUACCGUCUCGGUGCUGACAGAGUUGAUCGAGACCAAGAAGACCAUGAGACGCAUGCGCAACAUGUCCAAGUUUGUCUGCAACGUCAAGGUUUACCGUUCUGGCAGAUGGCGCUAUUUAGGAUCAGAGGAGCUUGUGCCUGGCGAUGUCUUUGAGGUGACCGACUCGGACCUGUCUGUUUUCCCAUGCGACGCCGUACUGUUGUCAGGUGAUUGCAUUGUGAACGAGAGCAUGUUGACAGGAGAAUCAGUUCCAGUCUCCAAGAUCCCUGUGACGGACAAGGUGCUGCGACAACUCGAUCUUUCUCUGGCCAACAUUCCUUCGGACCUUGCCCGCCAUUUUUUGUUUUCAGGAACCAAAAUCAUCCGUGCACGACCAGGAGCGGCGAGUUCAAAAAAGCAGAUUCGCACGGACGAUGUCGACUAUGACGUCAACCGAACACCUCGUGGACUGGCACUUGUGGUUCGAAUAGGAUUCAACACGACCAAAGGAAGUCUGAUCCGUUCGAUGUUGUUCCCCAAGCCAAACGACUUUCAGUUUUACCGCGACUCUUUCCGUUUUAUCGGCAUUCUAGCAGGAAUCGCGUUCUGUGGCUUCUUGGUCUCGACAGUCAACUUUAUCCGCAUGGAUGUGCCCUUUAGGCUGAUGAUCAUCAAGGCUUUGGACCUAAUCACCAUUGUCGUCCCGCCCGCGCUUCCAGCAACCAUGUCCAUCGGAACCAGCUUUGCUAUCGCUCGCCUGAAGCGCUCCAACAUCUUUUGCAUCAGCCCUACCCGUGUCAACAUUGGAGGAAAAAUCAACUGCAUGUGCUUCGACAAAACUGGGACCUUGACGGAGGAUGGACUGGAUGUGCUCGGAGUUCAAUGCACGGAUGUCGAGACUGGACGGUUCGGGACUCUUUUGAAUCGGGUCGAGGAUCUGAAAGCGGUUCCGGACUCAAUGCAUGAGAAGGGGACAUCACUCCUGUUUGCCAUGGCAACCUGCCAUUCUGUCAAGUCGUUGAACGGAGAGCUCAUCGGUGACCCGUUGGAUCUCAAGAUGUUCGACUUUACCCAAUGGAUUUUGGAGGAAGGCGGUCUUGGUGCUAGGACGUCGAGUGUCAGUGAGGCUGCUCACAAUCAGUCAAAGGGCGUUGCGGGGGGUGUCGUAUCGACCGUUGUCAGGCCACCAGGUGCGAAGCGGUUCAACCUCAAUGACGUUCUUACUCACCACCCCACUGAGAUGAGCGAAUCGGAAACGUUCUUGGAGUUGGGUAUUAUUCGCUGCUUCGAAUUUGUGUCGUCUCUUCGACGGAUGAGUGUCGUUGUCAAGAAGCUGCACAGUCCCGGCAUGGAUAUCUAUGUCAAGGGCGCGCCAGAAGUCAUGACCGACAUUUGUCUCAAGGAGUCAUUACCAUCGGACUAUGCGGACCGUCUGUCGUAUUAUACCCAGCAUGGAUACCGAGUGAUUGCCUGCGCCACCAAAUCGUUGCCCAAUCUUAACUUCAUUCGCGCACAGCGUGUCAAGCGGGAGCAGGUCGAGAGCGAUCUUACGUUCUUGGGUCUGAUUGUCUUUGAGAACAAGCUCAAGCCCACGACUGCACCAGUUAUCGCCACUCUCAGCAACGCUCAGAUCCGACAAGUGAUGUGCACCGGUGACAAUGCCCUUACCGCCAUCAGCGUCUCCAAGGAGUGUGGAUUGAUUCAGAGUUCGAGAGAGGUGUACGCGCCCCGGUUCAUCAUGGGAAACUCGACCACCGAAAACUCGAGAAUCGUCUGGGAGAACAUUGACGAUGGACGCAAGACUCUGGACCCUAUAUCCCUUAUGCCUAUGACAUCAAGCUUCGAGACUAUGAGUAGAGGACAGGACUUUCCACGAUACACCUAUCUGAACGAGUAUGUCCUUGCGGUCACUGGUGAUUGUUUCCGAUGGAUGGUGGACUUUGCACCUAAGGCGACUCUGCACAGGAUGCUGGUGAAGGGUCAAAUUUUCGCUCGCAUGUCGCCAGAUGAGAAGCACGAGCUGGUUGAGAACCUGCAGGCUAUCGGAUACUGUGUAGGAUUCUGCGGUGAUGGAGCCAACGAUUGCGGAGCUCUCAAAGCCGCCGAUGUCGGUAUCAGUUUGAGCGAGGCGGAGGCAUCAGUCGCCGCACCUUUCACAAGUCGCUCGAAUGACAUUGAAUGUGUCGUCAAAGUCAUCCAGGAGGGUCGGGCUGCGUUGGUCACGAGCUUUAGUUGCUUCAAGUACAUGGCUCUGUACAGCAUCAUCCAGUUCACGACCGUCAGUUUGCUGUAUGCCUUUGCAUCCAACCUCGGCGACUUCCAGUUCUUGUAUAUCGACUUGGCGCUCAUUUUGCCGAUCGCAGUGUUCAUGGGUCGAACGGAAGCCUUUCCGGUGCUCAAUCCGAAGCGACCUACCGCCAACCUUGUCUCGAAGAAGGUCCUCACCUCGCUCAUCGGACAUAUUUUGAUCCAAGGAUGUUUCCAGGCGACCUUGUUUAGCAUUGUCCGUCACCAGCCGUGGUACAAGCCUCCCAAAUAUGAGCGUGGCGAGAAGAACAUUGAGGGGUACGAAAACACAAGUCUGUUCCUGCUGUCGAUUUUCCAGUACCUGCUUGUCGCGAUUGUCUUCAGUGUCGGACCUCCUUACCGCAAGCCGAUGUCCUCCAACCGUAAGAUGAUGUCAGCGUCGAUCGUUUUGUUCCCGUCGGGAUGGCUCAAGAGUUUUUUGCAGCUGUUGGAUAUUCCAUUCAGCUUCAAGUUGUUUAUUCUGUUGAUGGCAGGACUGCACCUAUUAAUUGCAUUAGCGUCCGAACGCGUUGUGUUUCCGAUCCUCGCCACAAAGAUCGGACAAGUGAUCCAGUCAAUCCGCAAGCGGUCGUCGCCAUCGUCGUCGUCUUGGUCCGUGACCACAACACCAGCAGCAACAGCCACGAACACAAGGGUAUCGGGUUCACAACGGGGUCCUCAUCGUCGUUCCGCGCAGUAUGGGGAUGAGGCACGGAUAGAUGUGGGUGAGGGGGACGAGGAGGACGAGCAAGGGUCACGUCCGAGCACCCCUCUCAUUGGAUCGCAUCCCCAUAAUCCGUUUGACCGGAUUGGUCGUGGCAGUGCCGAUAAUGAAAGAUUGAGGAAGGGCAAGAUCUACAAGGCUGUACAAGAGGAAAUGAACAUCAUCUGA